AUGAACAUUGAAGGUCAUGCCAGAAACUUUGAAACACAUGAACUACCAGCAAUGUUAGAUAAGAAAGCAGACAAAGAACAUACACAUAACUUCUUCUCAACUGUUGCUAUAGAAAGUAUUGAAGGAACGGUUGACGGAACUGAUGGGGAUGCAUUAUAUUAUAAACCUCCUAACUUUCCACAAGGUUUAACAUCGAAUGAAAACAUAACAACGAAUAAAAAAAUUAGCUGUAAAAAUGUUUAUGUCAUGGGUGAUGAAAAUAAUGUUAAAUUCACUGCUCAAGAUUUAUAUGAUAAGAAAGCAGACAAAACAGAGCUUCAAACAUUAAAGACUGAAAUACUUCAAACAUUAUAUCCUAUAGGCUCUAUUUAUACGUCAAUGAACUCAACAUAUCCAGCAACAGUUCUGGGUUUUGGUACGUGGCAGCAGAUUGUAGACAAAUUCUUAUACUGUGCUAACUCUUCAAAGCAAACAGGAGGUUCGAAGAAAAUUACUGAAGCAAACCUUCCACCGCACACUCAUACAGGAACUACAAACUUUUCUGGCGACCAUAGCCACUCAUUAAGAGACCACCCAUUAUACAACUCAGAGUAUGAAGCUGGCAAUGAUGUUUUAUCUCCAUCUUAUAACAAUGCAGCAAAAAAGACUUUUCGACAAACUGAACCUGGAGGAAAUCAUUCACACACUUUCACAACAAAUCCAACAGGCUCGGGUGAAGAUUAUAUGCCACCAUUUAUGACUAUAUUCGCAUGGUAUAGAGUUCAUUGA